CCAAAAAUCCCCAUCACAGAAAACCUCCCCUCCCCUCUCCUCCUCUUUUUCCCAACUUUCCUUUUCUCUCACACAAACUACCACCACCCCUUUCCCCGCAAAUCUUCAAUCAUACGCACGCAUACACCCCACCCCACCUCGCCCGCCGAAGGGAAAACAAUCAAACAAUAGCCAAUUGACUCACUUUUCUCCUCUCCGGCGAUGCUCUCCCUACUCCGACGCCCUCCAUCAUCAUCAGCUGCAAGUCUUUCCGUUACCCGCUGCUACCGCGGAUUCUCGUGCUCUUCCGUCUCCUCCGCAGACAUGUCGAGGAUUACGAUUUCCGGGAAAUUAGUUAGAACCCCGGAAUUAAGUACUACCAGUAGCGGCCGCAAGUGCAUCCGUUACACGAUCCGUUCGUGGCAGGGUAAAGAGAGGACGAAUUUCUUCAGCUUCCUAUGUAUCACUGAGAAUGCGCGGUCUAUCGAAUACUUGACCAGCAUACCGCGGGGCUCUAGGGUAGUAGCCGAGGGUCAAUUUAGCCCAUACCAAAUUGCCAAUGAAGACGGCUCCAAGGUCCAAAAGUAUUCUAUCUUCUCCAACUACCCAGACCUCUUGCAUGUGAUUGAGAAAGCGGAGCCCGGGGCAGCAGCCGGCGAAGCCACUCAAGCUCAAGAAGCAUCUGCGCCCACCGAAGCCGCUCAAGCUCAAGAAGAACCUGAACCCACCGAAGCCACUCAAGCUCAAGAAGAACCUGAACCCGCCGAAGCCACUCAAGUUCAAGAAGCAUCUGCGCCCACCGAAGCCGCUCAAGCUCAAGAAGAACCUGAACCCACCGAAGCCGCUCAAGCUCAAGAAGAACCUGAACCCACCGAAGCCACUCAAGCUCAAGAAGAACCUGAACCCGCCGAAGCCACUCAAGUUCAAGAAGCAUCUGCGCCCACCGAAGCCGCUCAAGCUCAAGAAGCACCUGAACCCACCGAAGCCACUCAAGCUCAAGAAGAACCUGAACCCGCCGAAGCCACUCAAGUUCAAGAAGCAUCUGCGCCCACCGAAGCCGCUCAAGCUCAAGAAGCACCUGAACCCGCCGAAGCCACUCAAACUCAAGAAGCAUCUGCGCCCACCGAAGCCGCUCAGGCUCAAGAAGCACCUGAACCCGUCGAAGCCGCUCAAGCUCAAGAAGCGCCUGCGCCCACCGAAGGCGGUGAAGCCCCGGAUGUCAAGCCCCAUUGAUCUCCCCUUCCUCCAUUCCAGACCUCCGAAAACAAAGGCCACUCCUCGUAGCACUAGGACAGGCUGGGGGGGGGGGGAUAGGUGCACAUCUAGUUACUUGCUACAUUUUCCUUUCUUCCCCUCUUUUGCUCGAUUGUCUCCUUUUCCAUCCAUUUGUGUAUCACAACGACGACCGCGAUAUCGUCCAAUAUCAAUUAUCAAUAGCCAACCAACUAACCAACCGCUCUCUCCCCCUCGGAAUAACUGGUACCAUAUCCCCCCAGGGUUGGAUUGGAUUGGAUUGCCAUAGAUCGUCAUAGGGAUAUCUUCAGUUGCUCGAUCGGUUUGUUUGUUCUUCACUUCUUUGUAGAAACGUUCUUAUCCUCUUUCUUCAACUACGUCCUAUUCCUUCAUUUUUUUCUCGGUCUCCUCCGUCAAUGGAAAUUAUCGCACAGUAUCGUAGGGGGCACUAUCACAUAUUUCCACCCUUUGCUUUUUUUUGUUUUUGCGAUAAAAAUGUAUCAUACUUCAUGAUUCAUCACUCGAA